GGGGGAGCACGGGACCGAGAACGCUGUUCCGCGGCAUUCGUACAGUUCCCGUUACCCGUGCUGGGUUCCUGCCGCGUGCGCGGGUGGUUCGUCGUCGCGGUCGUCUUCCGGAGUGUCGGGGAACCGAGGGUUCGCAUCCGAGAGAGAAUCGGGGCUGGCGUGAAUUCGUGUACGAGACCAGGUGCCAGAGGCGGGGUCACGGAGUAACCGAGAGUCGUCGACGCGAUAUAAGGCGGACGUCGGAGGCGUCUAGGGCGAGAGGGCGUGCGGGAGGAGGGCGGGAGGAGGGGGGGAGGAGGGCAGGCGACGGGGAAGGAUGUCGAUGCGCCGCCGGUGGUCGGUUUCGGGGGUUGACUCGCGCCGCGGGGGCGAUGAGCGCACUUCCCUCCGCCCUGAGACUGACCUGCUGCCGUUCCUGGCUCCUGCUGAUCUGCCUCGUUCUCUGCCUGGUCUCGAGCUGCAGCUGCACACGCCAGGAUCGCUUGACCCGCGGACUACAAGCAGGUGAUGACGUGCGCGGCUCAAACUUCAACAACGACGACGAAGACGUCGAUCUCUACGACGACGACGAGGACUACCUCGAGGAGAACAUCACUGCGGCGAAGGGGCAGUACCUGGGCUCGCCGUGCGAUGUCUCGUGCAAUCCGGAACUGCUGCACGUGUUCUGCGACACGGUCACCGGUCACUGCGAGUGCGAGAAAUUCUAUCCAGUUCGUCUUGGGCCUAGCAAAGGAUGUGCCAAACCCAAAAGACUCGGGGAGCAAUGCUUCUAUCGCGCGACAUGCACUUUUUCGGAUCAACAUGCGACCUGCACCCAGGUGCAGCACAACGCCGUGUGCGACUGCGAGGAGGGCUAUCAUAGGGUUGCCUUGUCCAGGCCUAACAAGAAGGUGUUCUGCGCCGAAGAUCUGGUGCUGAUAACUACGGAUGUUCCGACCCUGCUCUGCAUAGCAUCGGGAAUAGCGAUAUUCACGGCGAUGAUAUGCUUCGUGCUGAAGUUAUUCAGCCGUGCGAGAUACUCAAGGCCGCGGCACUAUGCCAACGCGAACCACGCGCCGCCCAUGCUGUUCUCCAGCGACACGGGUAUUCCACUGACACUCCACGGCGGCCGACCAUCGUCGCGCGCGAGUCAAAGAAGCAGCACCGGAGGACCGUUGACCUACGCGUUCACCAGGAGGCCUAGCAGCGGCGGUAGUCGCGGUCCGUUGGUACCAGCGUCGAGAGCAGGUGCGGCACGUGCCGCCGCCAUCUUGCUUAUAUCGUGCCACCUGCAGGCGACCAAAGGCGGGAACAAGCAUCGACGUACCCUUAGCGACGUUGCUGAGGGAUCGUCCGACGGCCUCGGUUCUCGUCGUCCUAGCUUAACCUCGGUUCACAGUUCUACGUCCUCGGCGCGUAGUUACAGCGCGCGACGCCUCGAGAAGGAAAGGAACGAGAAGGAGCAACGUCAGGCCCUGCAGGAGCUGAAGCUGGCCAAACAACGGGAGCAACAUCAACAACAGCAACAAGUCGCACCCACGCCCAGCCCUAGGACGCCUCACUCUACGGACGAGCUGCUGCCCUCCGUGGAGGAAGGGAAAGAGGUCUUUUACAACGAGCAGGUGCCGACGACAUCGGACGCCAUCGAGGAAACGCUGGUGAAAACGACGGCGGUGACGACGACCAACGUGAACCCGAGCAUAUUCGGGGAGAUGACGCCUGUGACGACCUCGACAACGUCCAUCUUCGAGACGAACAUCGCGCCACGGGCCACCGGUGACAUUUUUCAAGUGUAGUUAAGAACCAGAGCCGACCAGAAAAUGGACGGAACACGCGAUACCGCGAGACUCGAAUCGUCGACGGAGGCAGUGAAACCAAUCGCGUCUCGUCGCGUCACCGUCGAGAGGCGAGAACCAGUUGCACACACGCCACACAAUUCUAAACGAAACGACGCCCCGCGUUUGAACGGCCAACAGCCACGAGCCUAGGGACCGACCAACGUGGAAAGCGUUCGAGGGAUCAUCUGGAACCGGAAGUCACGGACGACGAUGGCGCUCGAACGAUAACUGUAGGUCAGAGAUGGGCGAAACUCUCGAGGCAAAUUUGUCGAACGAGGAAGAAAUAAACGAUUUUAAUGACUAGGUCCAAGGAGGGAUCACAAUCUCAUUGUUUCGUUAACACUUUACCGACCGGUAGCCGAUUAAUCGGCUUUUUGUCCUCAACGUUCACCGUACAAUAUUUAAUUGGAUACUAUGGCAACUAGCGAGUACCUGUUACUUUGAAUCGAGACACUAGUUUUUCUUAUUCAAAAAAUACCGUUGUAUCAGUGAUUGGCAAAACCCUAGGCUUCGAAUAAAUCUGAAGUUUGCCGAUGGGUUUCUCUCGUUUCCUUCUUUGGAAAAUGUUCAACAGAAGAAACGAGACAAACAUAUCCGCAAACUUCAGAUUUAUUCGAAGCCUAGGGUUUUGCCCAUCGCUACGUUAUAUGGAUUACGGUAUAUUAUAUCAAUAUUAAACUCAAUUAUAAUAAAUAAAAUAAAUAUUGUUUAAUACUAAUAUCACGAAAAUAAAAGAUUUUAUUAAAUUUGAUUAUCUUGUAAUAACAGAGUGAGUACAAUUUUAUCUGAGAAUAAGAAAAACGCAUGUAUUCCCGCGCGACAGUAGUCGAAACAGAGCCGGCGCCAGAAAAAAUCUGCGGCCCAGUGGCCGGUCAGAAGGGCCUAGGAUGUCGAAUCGCUACCGGUCGGUAAAGCGUUAAGAACUCGUUGACUUUAUCGAAUUAGUACAUCGUUAUUUCGUGUAAUCUUUCCUUUUCUAACACUUUCGAAUGAUUUUACGUCGACCGAGAGCAUUCGUUGCUUAUUAUCGAAACAAACUUUUGCCCAUCUCUGACGAUACGAGGGUAGAAAUGGCAGAAGGAUCGUUAAAGCUGAAAUUUGUUCGAGCCACGCGCGAAGGCCUAGAAGAAUUAUUUAUUCUAAAAGAUAUAUUUUUAAAUACCUAGGUGCGGGAGGUACUUAGACGCGGAGCCAGCUUUCUGAAGAUGUCAAAGUGGAAGUGAUUAGAGAGGACGCGUUCGGCUGUGAAUACGUAACAUUCAGGAAUGUACAAGAGUAUGUAAAAUGUCGUCGUUACGGGUACACCGAAUGGUAACUGACUACGUGCCGUGUGUUUAGGGGCCGAACGAGGUUUCACGCAGGUUUUGAGUCAGCGUUCCUUCGCUGGGAAUGUGGCAGGACUCGAACGACACAUUUUAAAUAUCGAACUCGCGAUAUGAUUGAAAAUAUAUUAGAAGCGUUUACUGUACCGCAAGGAACAGCUUUAUUUUAACUACAACAAUUAUUGCGUCGAAGAAUCGUAACGCAACUGUACACUUGCAAUUCCUUCCAUAAAUUUUAAAUCAGCGUCGAGUCGUGCCACUUGGCAGUCGAGGAUCGACGAGUGACGAGAAGGAUGACACAUUCGGAAUCAUUUUUUACGGCUUAAAUUUUUCAAGCAUUCACGGAUCAUUGGUUCGUCGGUGGGAUUUUUUUACGAAGAUUCAGGAUACCUUGAGCGUAAACGAGCGAUCGAACACAGAACAGAAAUCAAACUUCUCCGAUUUACACUUGGAUGUUCGGUAUGAUAAAUACUCCGUUACGAUUUACUUACAUAUCAGUGAAAUAUCGAUUUUUUGCUUUCCCCCGCAGAGUUGGACUAAAAUUUCGAAUAAAUUCAGCCCCCCCCCCCCCCCCGUCUCGGGGAUUUUUACUCUGUAUUCGUUAGUCGAAACGAAGUUUACCCGACUCUGUUUCUCGUGUCGACAAUUUCUUGUGUCGACCGGGCUAAAUCGCGAUACCGAACUUGCUAGUUCUCGUUGUGUUAGUAGAGUAUCUCGUCCGACGUGCAAAUUCUAGAUCUUUCCGAUCGAAAGAUCGACCAAAACGUUCGCAAGAGCCGAGUGUUUCUGGAAAUUCUACACUAAUUUCGCGUCGUAAAUUUCUACACGAAUCUUUUGCAACAUCUACAGACAACUAAUUGCUAAAAUUAAAUCACAUAUCAGCGACGAAUUAAAACGAUUCGAAUGCAGAACAGAUCCAGACGCAAAGGAAACGAACAAGGAACGUUUCGUUGGAAACGUGCAACGUGAAAUGUUUUUCUCUACGACUCCUCGAUUGGACGUGCAGGAUGAUUCAAAAGCGGUAUCACAAUCAGCGAGCGCAAACCGAAUGAAAAUACAUGUAGCUUUCGGGAGCGUUAAUCUAUUUUUUUUUUUUUUUGCAAUUCGAAAACGUUAGAAGAUCGAUACACUGUUUCGUUAGUAUCUACAAUGAAGGAUGACACGAAAUCAAUCCUCGUAAUAGCAAAGCAUACUUGCUAAAGUUGCGUGUAUAUUCACUUCGAAUCUAAACCGUAAUCGCGACGGCACAAAUCAAAUUUCGCGACGCCAUUUUUGGAUCGCCCUGUGCACAUAUGUAAUCAUAAACCGCGCAUAGUGGCAUUAAAUAGAAACAAAGAGUAUUCCUAAGAGAUGCGAUAAAUGUUCUGCGCCAAAAUUAAUCUAAACGUCGCUGGGACGUACUCGAGGAAAAGAAUAAUAAUUAAAACGCACCUAUAUCAACGUACAUUCCGUCUCACGUGAAGAUACCGACGCGUUCAAUCGUUUCGUUUGCUCGAACGGAAUUUGCUGCAAUAGAGAAGCAACUGGCAGGGCAUUCUCGAGGCGGUCGAGGCUAAAUAUACCUCUAAUCUUAGACACACACAAACACACACACACACACAAAAGAAGACAGAAAACAGAAAAUAAAAUAUCGAAAAGGUGCUUCGACGCGUCGCGAAAGAUAAUGGCGGCGCGUCAUCGGACUCGCGAAAAUCGUGCAAGUGCCACAACAUCAUUAAAAGUAACAAAUUUUUCAUUCCUUAUAACUGACGACAAAACACUGAUUUAUUCGAAAACUUCGUUUCCAAAUACUCCUCUAGUUACUGAAUUAUUUAUCGCGAGUCGACUCGUUCGGUACAUCGUCGAAAUUACGAAAUUAAAUAUUUCUCAAACCACCAGGUAUUUUACGGUCGACCGUCACGAAACAUCGCGUUCUUCUUUUACAGAUCUGUGACGUCUCUAAAUAAUUGUUCGCCAAGUUUCACCGUGGCACACGAUUUUCUCGAGUCGCUCGGCUCGCCAAUGUAAAUCGUAGUGAUAAAAAUCGUUAAAAAUGAAAUUAUAUAUAUUAUGUAAAAAAUAUAUAAAAUACGUAAAAUACGUGAGAAACGAUCACGCACGAGGGGCUGUGUUGGAUUUCACGUGGAGGAACGAAAGAUGCCUGCCUAGAGCGAGAGCAAACAAACGUGUAUCGACGUCUCGUGUUCGAAUAAUUGCGCUGCCUUUCCCGAUAAAAAUAAAUUUAACAAAAAAGCACACGCGCACACACACGUACACACACAUACAGGCCGUUUUUAAACAUGUGGGGCCUUUUUUGAGAGUCUUCGCGAAUCUUCGCGCCAACGGAAAUCAAAAAUCCACUUGCCAUUUUGCGAUCUGGGGCUUCCUACAUUUCGAUAACGAACCCUCCCGUCGCAAAAUGUUAAAGGGCUCCUCGAUUUGUAUCGAUGCAAAGACUUGAACCUCGAAAAUGCUCCCACAUAUUUGGAAACAGUCUGUAUACACACACGCACACACAAACAAACAAACAUAAAGAGCAAAAAGAAGUAGAGAGACGAAAGAGUCUUAAGGAACAUUUUGCGCGUAUUCUACGCGACUCCACGUAUUAAAUACUCGCGAGCGAAUCUUAUCUUUAUCACUUUAAAGCGACCCGAACGGAACUGAGGCGCGAACACGCGCACGAUUCCCCGUCGAAUCGAUCGCGAUCGAAACGAUCUCCGUCGGCGUUAAGCGAGUAAUUAAACAGAAUUAUAUCGUCGCAGCCCGCAUAAAUAUUAUUCCGAACUAAUCGACUCGACCCGCCGCCUGAUUUAUAAAAACCAAAGAAAUAUAAAUAAAAAUGAAUGGUCGAUGUUCGCCAGCGUUAUCGUUUUAUUCCAAUUUUAAAUGUUUACUGUAUGAUAAAAUUGUAAUAUAGUCGUUGGGCAAAUAAAGCUCGUUUUUCGAUAUAA